AUGAAGGUCUUCUUCUACAUCUACACCCUCGUGGCCGCCGUCGCCGCCACCGCGAUGGCCACCACUUCUGAGCGCAACCCUCGCCCCUUCAACACCACGCUCAGGGCCAACGCGACCGAGAUCCUCGCCGCCAACGGCAUCUGGGCCCCCAACGUCGCUGCCUUCGCGGCGGGCGACUUCAACGUCGACGGCGUCAACUUCACCGCCGAGGAGGAGAAGUUCAGCCGGUCCGGCCUCGACAUCAACGACCUCGUCCAGGUCCGCAUCGACAGCAGCGCACUCAUGGCCACCGUCGUUGGCGACGGCGGAGGAGGAGGCAUCGUCGGCUCCGAGAAGGGCCAGUGCGAUGAUUGCGCGACCAUCUGCGAGCAGCAAGACUUCUGCGACCCCUGUUGCGAACCGCCAUCCUGUGGUUGA